UCUCGUUCCAAAUAAAAUCAUUUGUUCAGGCUUAUUUUAAUGUUGCUUAAUUCUUUACGAAUAUUCUGCGCUCUGAAGAUUAAGCACAUUACAAUUUAAAAAGAAUUAGGGAAAAUAAGGGGGGAUAUUAGGGAAAUUAGAUUCAAUUGAUGAAUUAACGUGUACACAACACUAAAAUAAAAUCACCGCUAUAAUGCGUACGUUCGCAAAAUCAACGUUUUACCAAUCAAACGUUAACCAGUCAAAAUUUAAAUCUAGGAUGCUAUAUACGAGGGUUGAUUGAUAUGUUGUGAGCGUAUUGAAGGAGGUACUCAAGGAUGUCCUUUUUAAGUCCUACUAUUCUCUGACUAUAUAGGGCUGUGUACCUAAGGACUGGUCUGAUUUGGUUGAUUUAUAUCGACGAGGUAGCACUCACAAGACAAGCCGCUUUUGCAAAUGGACAAAAUCGGUUAGGGUUAGGGUUAGGGUGAAAGAGUCUGUCAUUGCCAUGGCUGGCAUUCACGAUUGUGGCUUUAAAUUGAUGAAGCAUCCGCCUUAUUCACCGCCUUAUUCAGGCACCCUUACCCUAACAUGUAGUCGAUGACUUUCUAAAUGAGUUCUAUAAGUGGCAUUGAAACCCUUAAACACCGCUGGCAGAAGUGUAUAGAUACUGAAGGGGAUUAUGUUGAAAAAUAAUGCAACAUGUCCGGCAAAAUUCAAACCUUCAAUAUGAGGCUCACAACUUAUCAAUCAGACCUCGUAUGUGAUAGCAUAUAAAGUACACCUUGACAAAUCCAAUGCCAUAACCGACAUUCAGCAAUCUCUACUUGAGGGAUCGCAUAUCUAUAACGUUAUCAGUGCAGUACGUGAAGGUCAAUGUUGAUAACCUAUCAACUAUAUAUUUCAAAUAAAUGUUCUUAAAAUAGCAAGCAUUUACUUCCACAGCAUUUCGAAUUAAUAUCCGAUGAAACCAGUAACGGAACUUGGGAUUAACAUUUAUUUGUAAACACGUCACAUAAUCAGUUGAACUGGAAUCGACAUGUAAUUGUCGAAGGGAAUAUGUUCACUGUUAAAUAUACCAUUGACCUGGCCGCCUUACUAUCUAUCAUUACAAAUCAUAAAGGGACUAUAGGGACAUGAGAAUGGAAAGGUUUAUUAUUGUAUUACUGUUAAUACCUCACGCUACCUCUAACUCAGAACAGAACACUGUUAUAGACGUGGCCUCCAGGAAUGGUGCUACAACCCUGGGAAGACUCCUUAACGGAACAACUCUGGAAAAACGUUUACUCAAUGACGGUAAUUUUACAUUAUUUGCGCCAGUAGACGAUGGAUUUAGCUGGUUACCGCCAAGCGUUUUGGAUACUUUGAAUAAAAACAAGACUUUCGUUGAUUAUGUUUUUACAUCCCAUGUGAUCCCUGACCGAGUGGGGUCCGAUAACUUUACGAAUGACGUCAUAUUUCCUUCCUUGAAUAGUGUGAUCAAAAUCAGGAUAAAUAUCAUAGAGUCGAAGGCAACUGCUGAUGGCGUGGACAUUACUGUCACGGAUUUACCUGCAUCAAAUGGCGUUGUUCACAUGCUUCAAAGAGUGAUGUAUCCCUUUCCGACCCAGUCCAUCCUGGAGUACCUCACAACUACUCAAACCUUAUCUCUCCUCGUAGAUGUUAUACGACAUGCGAAUCUUACAGAAUAUUUCAAAGGUGAACCAUUCACACUGUUUGCACCGACGAAUGAAGCCUUUGCUAAACUUCCUGACGGAUUUCUCCAAAAGCUGAUGUCGAACAAAACAGGUCUCAUCGACUUGGUUGAGUAUCACGUGUUGACGGAAACCCUCUUUAGUGAAGGUCUCUAUGACAACGAAAGACUUAUAACGGCUAACAAUAAACAGCUGAUUGUUACUGUUAUGGAAGGAAACGUGGUGAUCAACGGCGCCUUGUUGAAAGUCUUUGAUGUAAUUCUGACCAAUGGCGUUAUCCAAAUAAUCGACAGGGUUCUUCUUCCGCCCAAUUAGGAAAAUCAGAAAUUCUAUUGUCGGGAAAUUAGCACCAUGUAAUCUACUUGUAAUGACAGCGGAGUUGCCAACCACUUAUGCUUGCAGCGAUGCAUCCUCGGAACAACAGGGACUACGUUCAUGUACGAUCUCUGUAAAGGCCAUAACACAACCAGAACGUAGUACUUGCAUUUAGAAAAUGGCAGCGAUUUUUGUAUUGAAGUCAACAUAAUAAAUGGAAUGGAUUGAAUAUUUUCAUUUAUAUCUUAAAUCUCAGGGCAUCAAAUAUGUUGCUAACAUUGCCCCUAUAUAAAAUGAAAAAGAGUAAGGCGGAGCGGAGCAUAUCAUCGAUUCUUUUUCAAAAUGGAUGCAA